AAAAAGUAAGGAAAGGCUCUUCCAGUUCUCCCAGGACUUAGCUGUGCUCAUGAUUUACCUCUGAUACCGCUAGCUGGAGAUCCAGUAUGCAGAUAUUCACAAAGCAACACUUGUUUCGGACUACUUCGUUGAACAUGAAAAUUUCCUAGGUACACAAAUCUCACAGGAGCUGUCAGAAGGCGCAGAAAAGGAAAACACUUGAGAAAAUAUCAGUAGGCCGGUGUAAUCCAAGUGCUCCCCUUUUGCUAGAACACUGCAGAGAUGCCUGAAGUCCGGGACCUUUCAGAGGCCUUGCCAGAGAUGUCUAUGGAUCCAAUCACUGGAGUUGGAGUAGUGGCUUCCAGGAACAGGGCCCCCUCUGGAUAUGAUGUGAUAUCUAUAACAACAGAUGGCCUGGAUGCAGACUUGUGGAAAGAUGGCCUUUUCAAAUCCAAGGUGACCCGUUACCUGUGUUUCACCAGAGUUUUCUCUAAAGAAAAUAGCCAUUUAGGCAAUGUUCUUGUAGACAUGAAGCUGAUUGAUAUAAAGGACACUUUGCCAGUGGGCUUCAUCCCAAUCCAGGAGACUGUCGACACUCAGGAACAGGCUUUCAGAAAGAGGCGGCUUUGUAUCAAGUUUAUUCCGAGAGAUUCAACAGAGGCAGCUAUCUGUGACAUCCGUAUCUUGGGACGAACCAAACAGGCCCCUCCUCAGUAUACCUUUAUUGGGGAGCUCAACAACAUGGGAAUCUGGUAUCGCAUGGGGAAUGUUCCUCGUGCUCAAGACUCGACGCACACACCAACAACCAACAAUGUCCAAAAUGCUAAUUCCUCCACUGUUCCAAUCUCAUCUACUCCUAUGCCCAAGCAUAUUUCCAUGACCCUGCCAGCUAGCUUCAGAGGAAAGAACACCACCAGACCAGACUAUGAGCACCAGAACUCCAAUCUGUAUGCUAUCUCAGCUAUGGAUGGAGUGCCCUUUAUGAUUUCUGAGAAGUUUGCCUGCACCUCUCCUGAACUGCAGCAGGUGGAUCUGAUGGGCAUUACUAUCAAGUCUCUAGCUGAGAUUGAAAAAGAGUAUGAUUACAGCUUCCGCACUGAGCACAGUGCAGCCGCUCGCCUCCCUCCCAGUCCAACACGAACCUCCUUGAGCUCUGAAGCCUGAUGCUCCAGUCCUUAGCAACUCUGUAGGCAAUAAAUUUCAACAAGAGAGACACAGCUACUGAAUACCUGCCCACACCAAACAGUGAACCACCAACCUCUCUAAGAUGAAGCUGGAGCCAAGCAUGGUGCUGACUGAAAACACUGCAUACAACACAGAGGAGCUGGCUGUUGGAGGACUGAGAUUAUGGAUUUGUUUUGCUGCAAAUGUAGGAGAAUCUCAGUCAUACACAUUACAUCCAAAGCAAAGGAUGUUUUAUAAACAUGGUGAAAGGAUCCCAUAUAGUAAUGGAGAACGUCUGUUGAGCUUUUAUUAUUCUCUAAAAGCAGAUGUGCCAACUUCUAAAGUACCUGCUGCUGUGUUCUGAAUCAACGCAUCAAAAGGGAAGUUCAAGUUUUUCUGGUCUGUAUGGGAAAAUACAUUGUCCUCUUCUUGUUACUGUUGUAUACUGGUUUGACUGUAAGUGCACUUUGUGUUCGGGACUUUUAGUGUGCUUCCUUUUUGCCUGAGAUAUCCUGUAACCACUUUCGAUAUUUUUUACGAGCCAACAUCUUGUGAGCCACUGUUACAGUUUGCUAACUCCUAUCAUGGCUUCCACUGCUUAGUUACCAAAACCACUACAAAGUCUCAGCUAAAUUGGCUGAAUACUAAAUGUGGCUGACUAUUCCAUUAGAAUAAAUACAUUGCCUUCAUUAUACUUUUUUUCUUCAUUCUGAAGGGAAAAAAUUGCAUUUUUGUUUUACUGGUUAAAUAACUUCCUGAGUUGACAUCAACUGCCCUGUUAUGUAUUUUAGUAUGUCUGUACACAGUUAAAAAGACUUUUCAGAAUAUGUAUUUUUAAUUGUUAAACAAUUGAGUUUAUGGAUCCUUUUUGGGAAAAAACAUGCCUCGACUUUGGAUUCAGAUUUCACCUUCUAAAGUUUGUGUUUGUUUAUAAUCCCCAAAUUUCUUACGAUCAUCUGUAAUAUUUAUAUAUUGAUCAUAUCUGAUAUUAUAGGAAUUUGUAACAAUAGCAAGAGGCCAAAUGGGUUUUCAGUUACUACUCCCUUGUAACAAUUAUUAACAGCAUAGGAGUAGAUUCAUUCACUGACAGAUUUUUUUGUUAUUUAAUGCUACAAUCUGCUGCUGAGGGAGACAUUAUAUACCUUGUUCUUCAGUUGUCUGUUUAAACUUUGGAUUCUUAUGCUCAUGCUUUUAGGAGCUCACAGCCACACUGAGUUAGUCUGUGAAUAUGAGCACUGUAUUUACUGUGUUUUAAUGUAUUUCAACUCGAAGCGUACUGGUAAUAAUCUGACAAUUUUCUAUUACUUAACUCACUCCAAAUACUUAAGUGUUAAAUGUUUGGUAUUUGCAGUUUUAUCAAGUCACUAGCACAGAAUAACUAAUUUUUCUAUUGUCUGUAUAAUUUAUUAGUUUAUUGUGACCAUGUUUUCUGUUAGGCUCACUUCUGUUCAUUAGAGUAAACAAAACCUAGAAAAAAGCCCUUGGUUCCGUUGAUAUUAUCAGGUUAAAAAAGUCUGUGCUUGCUCUCUGUUAAGCUAUGUAUUAUUUUUUAGAUUUAGUGUUCACUUCAAAGACUGGCUAAACAAUUAACAGCUCACUAACUCUGUUUUCAAAGUGUUUGUUAGUCUGUUUGCAUGGUGACACAAUGAAGCAUCAGAAGAUUUAGAAUGUGUUUUAGGGUAAUAAAAUAAGAUUUUGUUUCUCAAACAGAUUUUAUUCUUUAUGUAUAAACAAAUCAACUUUAGUGGAAAUUGUGUUACAAGGAAGGUCUAUUAAACUGUGAUAAGCAUUGAUA